GACUCGCUUGAUCUGCUUCUUCCUCCUCAUUUCGCUGGUUCUUCCUAAGGUAUGAGAUUUUUCUUGUCUGUUUCAAUGGAAUAUCCUAUAACUGGUGAAUUUUUUUUGUGUAUGUAUAUAUAUAUCCAUCAUUCUCAGAGCAUUGCAAGGUGGUAGACUAGAAGAAACCUUAUUGUAAUUGUAUGACGAGUGCUUCAGAGCUAUUUUUCACUAGGAGGUCUCGUUACGGUCGAAGCGAUCUCGAAUUAGGGUCGGAUUUAUCGACAAUUCGAAAUUCUCACAACCACAGCGUUCGUAAUCGCCGCCAUCAUCAUCACAGUCACCAGCCAACCGGCAAUAAUACCCGCCGUGAUCGCGUCGAUGUGAACGAUUGUGAGCCCUUGCGCCGAUCUCCUCCUCACCGCCUUAGACGUUGGCCUCCUGAUCGUGAUUCUGUUUCGCUCGACUCUGCGAAUAGCCAGGCUGCAUCAGGAGACACCAAUCAUGCAACAAACAACAAUAACAGGAUACGAGAUAGGGUGGGAACCUCAGGUAGCGAGCGGCUCCCUGGUACUGUACUACUUGCAAGGGAAAGACUUCUACAGAGAUUGAGAGGUGUAUCUAUAUCUGGAAAUAGGCGAAGUUACGGGAUCCGAACAAGCUCCCAUCGCAACAACUUUACAUUUGAGGAUGAUUUUGGACUUGCUGAUGCCAGUGAUGGGGAAGCGGAUUCUAGUUUGUGGUUAGCUGGAACUACCCCCAGCCCUGAUCAUCUUAUCUGGUUAAGAGAAAACAAGAGGCCCCCUGGCCUGAGUCAAGAAGCCAUGGAUUUAUUGCAUAUUGGGGUUUACAGUAACUCAGACAAGGAAGAGGCCCGGGCGGUUAUCGACUGUAGCAUAUGUCUGGAUGCUUUCUUGGAAGGAGACAAGCUAGCAUGUUUACCUUGUGGGCACAGAUAUCACCCUUGUUGCUUGGAACCAUGGGUACGAACUUGUGGGGACUGCCCAUAUUGUCGAGCAGCUAUACAUGUGUAACUUCUUGUAGGGCCAUAGGAAGGUUGUGAAGCCAACCAUAGACUAGAAUGGUGACCUCUUCUGUGAAGUUCUUUUUUGAUGACUUUGACCUUUUUGUUUGGUUGAAUGAUAGUUUUCUAAUAAAAUGAGUAGAACAGGAAACUACUUGCCUUCUCCUUGGUGAUAGUUUUCCAAAUUACAAAUGUGAUGCUUUGGUGAGACUUGGUCAAAAUGUAAUAUUAUGUCUCUUCUUAAGGAAUUUAGGUGACGCCCAACGUCUGUAAGUCUCGUGUAACUAUCAAUAUGUCAUUGUUCAAUGUUUUUGAGUCUUGAAUUGACAAGGUAACCAUAUUUGGUGGAAUUAAAUGUGUUUUUUCUA